UUGUCGUGAGCAGCUGUGCUGGAGGGGGAGGGCGGGUCUCACCUUUUCGGGGGGGGAGACAUGGUCAGGGUGUCAGGUACCCCGCCAGCGGCAGCUUGGUCCCCGCCCUGUUAACCUCGCGAAUCAGUGUUAAGUGCAAUUUUUUUGUUGUUUUGUUUUGUUUUGUUUUUUUUUUUUUUUAAUGGAUAGCACAAUUCUUGAAGGUGGUGUGGUUUUCUGUUGAAGGGGACAUUGGUAACUGAUUAGGUUUGCUGUAGCCAUGUCAGGAUCAGCCCCCGAGGAGCCUCAGACCAUUCCUCAGAGCCCAGCUAGUGCUCCUGACCCCGCUCCCGUUGCUGUCGGACCUGGAGGCUCAAGUGACAGUUCCUUUGGUGAGCAAAACCUUGGCUUCGCCACCCCCGAGGCCAGCCUGGUGGAGAUGAUGGACAUUGAGUACACCCAGCUGCAGCACAUACUUUGCUCGCACACGGAGGCCCAGAGUAGUGAAGGUGAAGUGGAAGCCAGGCUCAGCGCUUUCUCCUCGCCUGGUCCCUCUGCAGACCCCCCUCUGCAGCAGCCCUCCCCCAGCACCAGUCAGGACGGGGGCUCGUCCAGCAGCUCUGGGAACCAGUCGGUCUGCCCAGUUACCUGCCAGUCAGGGUUACCUUGUGACAGCUAUUGGCCGAGUUCUAACCCACACUUGGGCUAUGCUGACUUGCAGGAGCUCAGAAUGAUGUUGCUUAGCGAGUCCAACCUCCCUCUGAACCAAAGAGAGAAAGCACCCAACAGUAGCUCUGUAGAAGUCUCAGGAUGCAGUGUAGUAAAAGCUAAACAGGGUGAAAAUUUCUUGGGGGACAAUAAAGAAAACAUAUUUGUUGAAAAUUCGGCACUGGCACCAGAGCUUAGAUCUAAACCUGCAGUCAGAGCUCGGUUGGAAGACAGAUUCAACAGCAGCCCGACAGAAAACCCCAGAUGUCAAGAACCCCAAGAAUCUGGAGUAACUCUUAACAAUUUAGUGACACUGAUUCGCCAGCCCUCGGAAGUGGUGGGUGUUCCUCUUCACCAGCAAGGGAACAGGUGUGCUGCACUUGGGAAAAAUAAGGCUGCACCUGCCACACAUUCCUUGCCAUUCACGUACCCAUUCUUUACCAUGAAUGCAUGUUCUGCUGCUGGAAGUGCUAAUCCUUCCCAAGCACAGACCUGUGGAACAUCUUGCACUAUUUUGGAAGCUGCCAAACAUCAAGACCUUGGGAUACCCAAGACGUUCCCUUUCCUCUAUCAGGAAGUUGAAUCCACAAAACAGACAGUAGGUGCUAUAAAUAAAGCUUUGCCUGAGGAAGUUUGGAUUAAAGUUGGAGACACCUUAUGCAAGCAAGCCAUAAACAGAAGUUGCAGCCGAAUAAACCCGUUGGAUCCAAACAUGGAUCGCAAACCUCUCGGUGAAAUUCGAAAUGCCCGUGACAACAGCCAGGGCAGUGGAGCUGCCCAGGGCCCCUGGCAGUCAGCACAGCCUGGCUCCAGUGUGCAGGUCCCAGGUGGAACACAGGAUGGGAGUGCUCAGCGCAGGGAACGACACAACCGCCUGGAGAGAGACAGAAGGCGCAGGAUCCGGGUUUGUUGUGAUGAGCUGAAUCUGCUGGUUCCGUUCUGCACGAUUGACACUGAUAAGGCAACAACUUUGCAGUGGACAACUGCAUUCCUGAAGUACAUUCAGGAAAGGCACGGCGACUCUCUGAAGCAGGAAUUUGAGACUGUGUUCUGUGGUAAAACAGGCAGGAGACUAAAAAUAGGAAGACCAGACUCAUGUGUGAUGUGUCCAGCGCAGGAAAACCGCACGGCUAUGGAGACCAAAUAGUCAGACCUGACCACCUUGAAUUGUGUGGCAAUGGUCCAAGCUGUAUUUUAUGCUUUCCAUUUACAUGCUGAAUAUGGAUUGUGAAAUGUAACUUGUAAAUAUAUAUAAAUAGAGCUUUAAAGAAAAUGUUCUUUAUUGAAAAUGGAAAUGGAAGUUAACUACCAGCAAUGGAAACCAGUGCCCUGUUCAAGAGGCUUUGGGACCAGAAGCUACAAGAAAGUAUUUUUACCCUUUAGUUUUACAAAAUUGGUUAGUCAUCCUGCUUUGAGGUUUUAUUUAAUUGUUUGGUUUUGCCUUUUUUUUUUUUUAAAGAUGAUCCAGUACAGUUAGGCAGAGUUGUAGACCAUCCAUCUGUCCUGUUAUUUGAAUGGCCAGAUGGAAAGAUAGUCUUCCACUGCAAAGAAAAACUAAAGUUACCAUAUUAUAAUGACCAUUUUCCCAUUAAAAAUGUAAAGGUUAUACUGGUUGUUUGAGCAAGUGCUUAGUUUCUAAACUGUGCAUAUUAUGAAUUUUCCAUUUGCACACAUAUUUAACAUACUUGGCCCCAAAGAGUAUUAUUUUUAAUGUCUGUCACACAACUGUCCAACAGGUUCUUGUAUUGUUACUCUAAACCAAGAGUGGCAUAUUAUAAACACUAGAUAUUUAAAUGCACAAACUAUUUUUAUAUUUAAAGAAAAAUAUGACACUUUGUUCAUAGGCUUUGGCACAUAGGACAGAAAUAGAACAGUGUGUGAGCUGAGAGUGGCUUUAUUAGUUUUUUUAAAAUAGAUGAUGCUAGCAAGUUUUAAAUUAUAAAAAGGUCUACCAAAAUUAAUACUGGUUUAAAUCACGGAUAAGGACAAUUUUGCAGCAAUUUAUAUCCAAACAACCCUAGUAAAACCAGUUCUGGAAAAUGGAGUUCAGCUGAGUUAACUUGAUAUGUAAAUGACACAACAUCACAAAGAAAAGGUUAAAAAAAAAUCUCCUUUUAUUUUUACAACAGUUCAUUGCAGGUGGUUUUGGCUGGACUUUAGAAGAGCAUCCUUUCUUACAUGGGGUUCCAUCGCAAUUACUGUGCAAAUAGCUUAAGUAGAGGUCAUGAAAAUGCUGUUACUUCAUUUCUUUUAUUAUCAUAUGGAAAUAUACAAAAAUUCUUCCCUCAAAAUUAAAUAUAUACAUUACACCUUUUGCAGAAUUUGAUUGCAAGAGGAUUAUUGUUUACUAGUCUUGGCAAAUAUUUGAGGUGCAAUCUGAAAAUUGCUAAGUGACAGCAUACAUGUAAGUGAUGGUCAUUACUUCAGCCAGAAUGUUAAGAUAUUAAAAUACAGGAUAUUUAAAUGCAUGAUUUCCACUCAUAGAAGAGGAAGUUUGGUGCCUGAGUACCUUAACAACAUGUGUCUUUGUGCACAAACCUGCAGAACUGAAAUCAGUGGCAGCAGCACCAAGGGAUUCAACUGAAAAGGCUCAAACUUUUAUAGCCAGAAGUCGUGAUCUUUAGUGUAUGGGGGGUGAUGGUAAAAAGGAACAAUGCUUCCUCUUGCAGGACUCUUGAGCAAAGGGAGAAAGGAAAGGUGAGGUUGUUUAGCAGUAAAAAGUCUGGAAAAUAACUGGGGGGGAGGAAAAAUACUCAUAAAGCAUCUUUUAAUUAAAGUUUUCACCUGAUGCUUUCUUUUUCAUAGAACUGUGUCAGUCUCUGCUUAACAGAACAGAAGGAGCAUCUGUCCAUUUAGCACUAGGAGGAUUCUGUUUUCUUACAAUGCACUGUUUAUUUAAAUAUUCACUUCUUCACUUCUUGUACUGUUGGUUUAUGAUUUUUUGGAAAUUGAUGCUGCAACAGCUCCCAUGCAAGCCGACGUGUCACAUAUUCCUGGAGUUCCCUGAGCCCCAAUAGUACCAGGAGUACCAGGAUCCCCUGGCAGGCCGGGUUCUCCCUGAGCCCCAUCACGGCCAUUUUUAGUAAUUCCAGGCACACCAGGUGGUCCUAAACAAGAAAGGGGGAAAGAUUACAUGAUGUAUUUCCAUCUCUUCUUUUUUUUUAUUUUUUUUUAAUUUUAUUUUUAAUAUAUGUAUAUAUGUGUUGCUUUUAGAGAUCUUAAUAUACUUUGAGUGUCUGUACAUCACACUUGUUAUGGCCUGUUGAGUACAAGGUGUUUUCAAUAAAUUUACCCUGAAUCUGAA